UACAUUGCUCCCAAAAAUCACAAGUCUUCAUGCAUUUCUUUCCCUUUAUUAACAACAGCGCCCUGUCCUCCUUCAUUUCCAUGUCCAUUCUCUUAAGGCAAGAAAAGAAAUAAGAAGAUCGAAGUUUUUGAGUCGUUUCUGGAGAUGGGUAUCUUUUCAUUGAUAACUGGAAGGCCUGGCUCAAGUGGGUUUGGUUCAGCUUCGACUGCUGAACAAGUUACUUAUGGGAUUGAUGCAACCCAUCUUACUGUUAUAAUCACUGGAGGAGCAGCAGGAAUUGGGUUGGAGACUGCAAGAGUUUUGGCUCUCCGUGGAGCUCAUGUUAUUAUUGGUGCAAGGAAUAUGGAAGCUGCAAAUGAAGCGAAACAGCUUAUUCUAAAUGAAGAUAAAACAGCUCGAGUGGAUGUUCUGAAACUUGAUCUUUGCUCAAUUGCAUCCAUCAGAGAAUUUGUUCAGAACUUCAAUGCUCUUGAUCUUCCUCUCAACAUCUUAAUAAACAAUGCUGGAAUCAUGUUUUGCCCAUACCAUCUUUCUCAAGAAGGAAUAGAAAUGCAGUUUGCAACAAAUCAUCUUGGUCAUUUUCUCUUAACAAAUCUCCUCCUGGACAAAAUGAAGAACACUGCAAAAACCACUGGUAUUGAAGGUAGGGUUGUAAAUCUGUCAUCAAUAGCUCAUCAGUACACCUACAAGGGUGGAAUUCGAUUUGAAAAGAUCAACGAAAAAUCUGGUUACUCUGACAAAAUGGCAUAUGGGCAAUCCAAAUUAGCAAACAUAUUACAUGCCAAUGAGCUCUCUCGUCGAUUUCAGGAAGAGGGCGCGAAUAUUACAGCAAACUCAGUUCACCCCGGGUUAAUAAUGACGAAUCUUUUUAAAUAUUCUGCCUUUCUGAUGAGUAUGUUCUAUAUCUCAGAAAGAAAACUAUACUAUAUAUAUGCGCAAAUGGUGUUUUCAUUCAUUUUUUCUUAUUUUUAUACCAUUUAUUUUGCAGAAUUUUUAAAGUUCUUCUCCUUCUUCCUGUGGAAAAAUGUACCUCAGGGAGCAGCCACAACAUGCUAUGUUGCUCUCCAUCCAAAUUUAAAAGGAGUGAGCGGAAAGUAUUUCGUGGACUGCAAUGAAAUGACACCAAGUCCACUUGCAAGAGAUGAAGUAUUGGCAAGGAAACUCUGGGAAUUCAGUAAUAAGUUGAUUACUUCAAUUUCAAAAGCUUAAAUAAAAUCAUCAAAUGCUACCCAUCAGUCCAAAUAAAAACUAGAAGCCCUACUUAUAUAUAUAAUUAAGGGAUUGAUGAAUUACUAUUGAAAUACGCCUUUUCAUUUUCGUAUCAUU